GCCGUUGUGACCACUCUGCGUCGCUAUUUCCAUUUGUGUAGUAUCUCUGUUCUGUUUGAACGCAAUGGUGGCGUUGGUGGCGUCGAAGUCGUGAGGACUGGUCUUGAAAACAAAGCUGCUUAACCUGAUCCACCACUGAAAAAAAAAAAAAAAAGUACAAACGUGCAGCUUUGAGUAAGCAAACAUGGAUUCCAAGCCGCCGCAGAAGAAUAUGUCCAUGAAGGAUCUGAAGGCUUUGGCGACCAAGCGACUCGGCGUCUUUGCCAUAAAACAUCUUCCCAAGGACACAAGCUACGUUGUUGGACUAAGUCAAUCCAUCACAAACAACAAAAUAGCUGCAGCAUCAUCUGACAACAGCAUUUACCUGUAUGAUGAGUACCUCAUGCAGAAGGGCAUUCUGCAAGAUAAGAUGAAGGAGGUGACAGGGGUGCGCUUUAGCAUCUCCAACCCGAACCUGGUGUACAACUCGUGCAGGGACGGCAGCGUCCGCGUCUGGGACCUCCGAAACAUCCGACACCCAGUCUCCAAGUUUGUUGCCAACACAGAGGGGAAGGUGAAGCCGUUGUCAUGCUUUGACUUCAACUGCAACGAGCAGUUUUUGUGUGCUGGCACGGACCUCUACGAUGACAAUUCAUACCUACUUUUCUGGGAUUUCAGGAGCAACAAAAUCCUUGGUGGCUACUGGGACUCUCAUAAUGAUGACAUCACUCAGAUCAAGUUCCAUCCAUCGAAGCCCAACUGCAUGGCCUCAUCCAGCAUGGAUGGCCUGGUGAACCUGUUUGACAUCAGCCAGACUGACGAGGAUGAUGCACUGCAGACCACCCUUAACUGCAACUGCUCUAUUAACAAGAUGCAGUGGGUGAGGCACCGGACUGGUGAGGAGCUGAUUUCUGUUAUCACUACAGAUGAAGUGGUUCAGAUUUGGAGUCCUGAUGAGGUUACUGCCAGGAAAAUCAUUACCAGAUCAGACUUGACUUCUAUGUUCAGUGAGCCAGUUCGAGUCGAUCAUAUUGUGGAUAAUGUAAUGUUUGAGGACAAGAUGUACAUCACAGCUGGCUCUUCAAAGGGUCUCUGCCUUCUGUGGAAUGUAACAGAUCAGCCUGAGCUCAUCUCUGUUCUUUGGCGUGGGCACAGGGACUUGCCAAGAGUUUCGGCAUUGACCAAGUACUUCGUGGUUACUGGUGCGGAGGAUGGCAAUGUGUGCAUCUGGAGGCCAGAGACUGAGUGUCCUCCACAGGCAGAAGAAGAAGAGUCUGAAGACGAAGUAGCUGAUGACAACUCUCGGGCCAGUGCUGAUAGAGAUGACAAGUCUGAUCAUUCUCGUGAUUGGUCACGAUCAAAGAGCAGGUCACGGUCUCGUAGCCGAUCACGUGGAAGGUCGCGUGAUCGUUCAAGAGAUAGAUCGCGUGAUCGUUCAAGGUCCAGGUCAAGAGGUCGUUCUAGGGGGCGAUCUAGGGACAGAGGGAAGUCACGCGACCGCUCCCGUGAGAGAUCCCGAAGCCGUUCACGUAGGCGUUCAAGGGGGCGAUCGAGGGAUAGAUCAAGGGAUCGGUCCAGAGAUCGAGGAAGGUCACGUGGCCGUUCAAAGGGAAGGUCAAGAGACCGCUCUAGGGUUAGGUCAAGGGAUCGCUCCAGGGGUAGAUCAAGGGAUCGCUCCAGGGGAAGGUCACGGGACCGCUCCAGGGGUAGAUCACGGGACCGCUCCAAGGGUAGGUCACAGGAUCGUUCAAGGAAGAGGUCAAGGGACCGCUCCAGGAAACGGUCCCGAGACCGGUCCAGGGGAAAGUCAAGGGACCGGUCCAGGGGAAAAUCAAGGGACCGCUCUAAGGAAAAAGCAAGGAACAGAUCAAAAGAUCGCACUAGGGACCGAUCCAGAGACCGCUCCAGGGGGAGGUCAAGGGAUCGUUCACGUGACAAGCACAGGUCAGACAGGGAUCGCUCUAAGGAAAAGUCAAGCCGUUCCGAUAAGGAAAAAUCUGAUCGUAGCCGUUCGGACAAAAGCAAAUCCGACCGGGAAAAAUCUGAUAGAGAUCGGUCAGAGAGGGAUAGGUCAGAGAAAGACAAAACAGACAAUGAUAAGUCAGACAGGAGCAAAUCUGACAGGGAGAAAUCGGACAAAGACAGAAGUGACAGGAGUCGGUCAGAUAAGGGCAAGUCUGACAAGGACAGAUCCGACAGAGACAAGUCAGACAGAGACAGGGAAAAAUAUGACAGGGAUAGCAAGUCUGACAGGGAUGGUAAAUCUGACCGUGAUAGCAAAUCUGAUCGUGGUAAGUCCGACAAAGAUCGUUCCGAGAAGCCUGAGAAAGGAAAGUCUGAGCGUGACCGUUCUAAAGAUAGGUCUGAUAUCAAGGAAAACAACAGUUCGGAACGAAACAAAACAUCGGACCGGGACAAGUCUGACAAAGUAGAUGGUGAGAAGCUAGAGAGAGAAAAUUCACACCGGGACAGGUCUGAUGGUGAAAGCAAGUCUGAUGGAGACAAGUCUUCAAGCAAGUCUGACCGAGUAGAAAAGUCAUCUUACAAGAUGCCUUCAUCAGUGAAAGAGAAGUUGAGCUCAUCACACAAUAGCAAGCCGUACUCAAGAUAACCACCAAGUGAUCAGCGUUGGAUGUGAUGCUUGUUUCAUUCAUGAAUCACUUUGUUGUGUGCAUUUUUUUUCCAAGAGAAACUCACAUGGUCAUGAUUUUUCAUGCACUGCUGUCCAUUUCUUGGGAGUCUUCUGUUCGUCCCUCUUUUUUCCCCCCCUGGUUACCAUAAGUGAUGUGAUCCAACAUUCUCAUUACGACAAGGCAUUCAUACUUGCUACUGUAGAUUUUGUGCUUCGGUGUCCAAGAAAUUUUAGUUAAGUGAAGCCUACAAUGCAAGGAACAGCAUUCUGCAUCUUUUAAAAAUAUGUUCAUGUGAGUGUGUGGAAUAUAUGUCUCCCAAAAUCA